GAGAAUGUACUGCUUGGCCGAACGGAGGGCGGCUGGGAGGCGAGAAGGACGUGCUCGAGGCAAUUCGGGCGUUUGCUUUAACGCAUCUAAAAGGCAAGAGAUUAUGAUACAGAUGCAAGGCUUUGGGAGAAAGUACAUUAAAGCCUUUUUGAAAGGUUUUUUUGUUGCCGUUCCUGUGACCGUUACUUUCCUCGACAGAGUGGCUUGUAUAGCGAGAGUAGAAGGGGCUUCAAUGCAGCCUUCACUGAAUCCAGUGGAACAGCAAGUAUCUGAUGUAGUGCUUUUAAACCACUGGAGUAUUCGGAAUUAUGAGGUGCAACGUGGAGACGUAGUUUCACUUGUUUCUCCAAGAAACCCGGAACAGAAGAUCAUUAAACGAGUGAUUGCUCUUGAAGGGGACAUCAUCAAAACCAUAGGCUAUAAAAAGAAGUAUGUGAAAAUUCCACAUGGCCAUAUAUGGGUAGAAGGCGAUCAUCACGGGCACAGCUUUGACAGCAAUGCUUUUGGUCCGAUCUCUCUUGGCCUUCUACAUGCUCGUGCUACUCAUAUACUUUGGCCUCCAGAGCGUUGGCAGAAGUUACAACCCAAGCUUCUUCCAGAACGCCAGCCUCUCCAGCAUGACCAGGAAUGACCAAUUUGGAUCUGUUUAGGAAACUUAUAAUUGAAUUUGGUUUGACUGUAUGAAAAGGCUUUUGAUAAUUCCUUUGUUAAUAAAAGGUUGGUGUAAAUGAAAUACCUCAUUUCUUCUAAAGCAGUUACGUCUUGACUUCAGCCAUCCCAAAACUCUACAGGGCUUGGACACUUUAAUCUACCGUCUUACCUCUGUAGACAUAAAAGAGUUUUGUUUUGCUUUUUCUUUCUAUUACAAGUUUUACUUUUUUUUUUUUUUUUAGUAUUUGAUUUUUCACAGUACACUAGAUGUUAUUACUGGAUGAUAAAAAUGUGGUAUCAGCCAUAUAAUUCACCAU